CAAUCCACUCCCACCCCACCACUCUCUCUCAUCCCUAAAAAAACUCUCUCACGAACUCACCUGCUCCUCUCCCCACGAUCUCCUCGCCGCCGCCACCACCCACGCCGGCCGCGCGCAACACUCCCCCAAGCUCCCACCUUCCUCCGCUCUGAUCCCCAUGGAAGCCACCGCCGCCGCCUCCAUCGUGCGGACCCUCGCCUCCUCGCCGCUCCCCCGCGGCUCCCACUGUAGCCGCGUGCGCGUGGCCGUGGCGCCGGAGUGGCGGAGGAGGGGUAGGGAGGUGCUCGCCGCGGCGGCCUCGACGGGCAACUACGUGGUGCCACCUUCCUCCAAGAUCGGCCGCCUCGUGCUGCGGCUGCUGGCAGUGGCGCAGCGAGUCUCCCACCUCACCACCACCGCUGCUUGCCGUCCGUCCCUCCUUCCGUCCAUGGCGGCGGUGACCUCCGGCUUCAGCAGGCUCAGCGCGGCGGCGGGCAACAACGACGGCGACGUCGGCCUCCAAGACCCCAUCCCGGCCUCUGUUGGAAUAUGUAGGUACCAUGCCAACCGGAUGCUCAGCUUCUACGCCCCCGAUUUGUGCGGCAACAGGUGGUCAAUCAGCACAACGAUAUGUACAAGAAGCAGAGCGCAUCAGUUCAUGCUCGAGCCCUUAAGAAGGUAGCAAUGUUUGGGUUUUCUUGAAGAAUGUCGGACACUAUUUACAGGUUCUGGUGGCGACGGUCGUUGAUGUUUCCUACACAACCUUCUUCUUGUAGACGUUGAUGAGCCUCCAAGUGUAGAGGUUUGUAGGACAGUAGCAAUUUUCCCUCAAGUGGAUGACCUAAGGUUUAUCAAUCCGUG